AUGGGCAGGAUCACCGCGCCAGGCCUGGACUACACGCGCCAGGUGGCCGUGGCGGACCUGUGGGAGAAGCUGGCCAGGCUGGCGCUGCGGGACUUCUCGGGCUCCUUCCACGUCAGCGUUCUCAGGCAGGUGAACUACCGCUUCGGCAGGUUGACCAUCCAGAGCUUCCAGCUGCCAAACUCGGCAGUGGCACCGGUCCCCGGUGUGGGCCUCCGGCUCUCCAUCACCAACGCUUUUACUUCGCUGACGGGCAAGUGGAAGGUGCAGAAGAGAUGGCUGAGGGACAGUGGCUCCUUCGACCUGAAGGUCGAGCGCAUCUCCAUCUCCGUGACCCUCAGGCUGGGCAGCGGCCCUGCUGGGCGGCCGACCGUCUCCACCUGAUGCAGCGCCCGCAUUUCUGACGUCGACGUGCAUAUUUCUGGCAGGUUCGGCUGGCUGUACAACCUCUUCCACAGAAGCAUCGAGUCAGCCUUCCAAAGGGCCAUGGAAGGCCAGGUCUGUGAAGAGGUGCGCAGUUCGGUGAGCAGCAAGCUGCAGCCCUUUCUUCACACUCUGCCAGGUGAGGGCACCUCAUGCAGGACAGGCAACUGGCUGAUUGCCAGCUGA